UGCUCCCCCAUCCCCUGCAUGGGCUGGGCCUGGCAGGGUAUAAAUAGGUCAGAUUGUUGGGCUCUCCCCAAACUUCUCUGUUCAGCACUUCCUCUCUCGAUCUGGUCUUAACGGUCACCAUGGCAAGCCCCUUGGAGGAAUCCCUGGAUGUAAUGGUGAACACCUUCCACAAAUACUCAGGCAAAGAGGGUGACAAGUUCAAGUUGAACAAGAAGGAGCUCAAGGAGCUACUGACCAGGGAGCUGCCUAGCUUCCUGGGGAAAAGGACGGAUGAAGCUGCAUUCCAGAAGUUGAUGAGCAACUUGGACUGCAACAGGGACAACGAAGUGGACUUCCAGGAGUACUGUGUCUUCCUGUCCUGCAUCGCCAUGAUGUGCAACGAAUUCUUUGAGGGCUGCCCAGAUAAGGAGCCCCGGAAGAAGUGAAGGCUCCUCAGAGAAAGUGUUGGGGUGUAGUUUGCCAGUGGGGCGUCUUCCCUGUUAGCUGCGAGCAUAUACCUACAUAUGCACAGUGCUGAGCAGGUUCAAUAAAGGGUUUUGAAACUAUGA